AUGGCCGUGGCUGCCCCAAACAUCUUCUCCAGCUCCACGCAGAUUGAACGAGAACAGCUCUUGAGGCUGGCGCAGGAGCCAAGACUAACUACAAAGACCAUCACCGAUCUGGGUCGGGCUCGGCAGACCUCAGCGGUUCUGCGCCUGCUAGUGGAGCUGACGCAAAUGCGUGGUGAGGUCAACAUCUUCCACUACAAUGCAGCGCUGAGUGCAUUUGCCAGCGCCAGCGCUUGGCAGAGGGCUUUCCGCACGCUGUUCCUCCUCUGCCGCAGGCGCAUUGCAGACAAGACUUCUUUCAGUGCAUCCAUCACCGCCUGUUCUCCGGAAAGGUGGCCGAUGGCCUUAUCGUUGAUCAGCAGAAUUCCAUGGGCUUCCUUGGAGUGUGACGUGGUAGCUUUGGGUGCAGCUGUCGCGUGUGGUGUCCCAUGGCCUGGAGCUUCAGAGCUUCUGGGCUACCUACAGGCCAAAGAGGUGCAAGCGAACGUGGUGGUGUGCAGUGCGCUACUUGCCUCCUGCGAAACUGCUGGGGCUUGGAGGAGUGUGAUGCACCGCUUGCUCUGUAUGCAGCUCAUCGGAGUGCAGCCGAACGUGGUGACAUACUCAACAACCAGCAGGUCCUACACCACUGCCAUGCUGUGGCGUUCAGCAGGCCAGGCAUUAAGUACAUUUCUGCGGGAACCUUGCCGAAGCAACAGAGGAGGUUCCACAACCGUGGUUUGCAACUCGGCUCUCAGCGGGCUGACAUCCGCCAAAAGCCGCCAGUGGCUGAAGGUCUUCAACAUCCUGCAAGACAUGACAUGUUACACCAUUGAGGCAAGCAGAGUGACUUUCAGCCUGGCGCUGGCCUGCUGCCAGGUCGGGCAGUGGAGGAGAGGUGUGAGCACACUGGAGCACAUGCACUUGCACAAUGUGCAUCAGAAUGAAUUCGGUGCUUGUCUUGCCAUCCAGUCUCUGGCCAGUUCAUCUUCACAGGGAUCUGCCUGGCGCUCUGUUAUUGCAUUCUUGCGAAACAUGGAAUUGGCUGCAAUUGGGCUUGAUCGCUUCAGCUUCAACGCCGUGCUGAGCGUCCUGCGCCUACGUUCUGGCGAUACGGCGGGAAGGUGUGCGAGCCGCCAUGUGCUGCAUGGACACUGGCGCUGCUGCUCUUCCGCAGCUUCGUGUCUCAGAGGUUUCAGCCUGAUGAAGUAA